AUGACCACGAACGCAAAAACUCCAUCUACUGCAAAGACUCUGAUCAAACCUGCUGGAUUCUCCUUUACAGCCAAGUUACCUUUAUAUAACGGGCCAUUCAAUGUUGGUAUGAUGGAUAUCGAGACUAAACCAUUGGCUCAAUCUGAUUCAUCAGAAAUAAAGGGAAUGCCUUACAAAAGAGGUCUUCUUGUACGCAUUUACUAUCCGACUACUGUUACUUCCAAUAGUUGUAAAAAACCUCAUUGGCUUCCCAUCUCUCCAUUGUAUGCAUUGGGGUAUUCUUCAUUCCUUAAUUUGCCUUGGAUUGUUGGGCGUAUGUUGGUGUCGCCAUUAACCUCAAAAGUAACAAUUCCAUCUUAUUGGCAAACUCCAUUGGCUCAUCCAUCUGACACUCAAACAACUAUUCCGUCAAUCCCUCAUCGUUUACCUGUCGUAGUGUUUUCACAUGGAUUGGCAGGCAUGCGAACUACUUACUCUACUUUAUGUGGAUCUCUUGCUGCUAAAGGAUUUAUUGUUCUCGUGCCUGAACAUUCAGAUGGCAGUGCGUGUGCUACGAUCCGACAAUCUAAUUCAUCAACAUCUACUCAACACGAACACAUUGCUUAUCUACGUCCUGACAAAACCAGUGUCUUGCCUGGUGAAACUACUGAUGACUAUUUGUUGCGUUUACGACGUGCUCAAGUAGAAAUUCGAGCUGAUGAAGUCGAUGCAUGUAUCGAGAUACUGAAAAAACUGGACAUGGGUUCAUUCGACCCAAAAGACAAUCUAAUUGGAAACCAUGCAGAAAGUGGACCCUGCAUAGACUCAUUUAAAAGUCGGGUUGAUUUUCAACACAUGGUGAUGGCGGGUCAUUCGUUUGGUGGUGCAACAACAAUCACAGUAUUGUCAAGACCAAAUAUGCCAUUCAGAUGUGGAAUUAUUCUCGAUCCAUGGAUGUUUCCUGUUCAUAAUCCAAACGUAACAGUACCGUAUCUAUCGAUCCAAUCUGAAACAUUCCAUUGGAAAACUAAUUUGGAUCAAAUGCGAUCCAUGAUGGGGUUGGUGCCUUAUUCGAAUACUACGGAUUCUACUGCCGCAUCGACAGUGUUGACAACUUCAACAUUGCAGCAUCCACAUACACGGUUUGGGUAUAUUCGUCAUACAGCACACAAUAACCCAUCGGAUUUUUCAGGAUUGUUUCCAACAGUUAUACAAUGGGCUGGACAAGCAGGAUCUGCAGACGCAUUACGUGUUUAUCGUAUAAAUGACGAUUGGAUGUGUGAGUUUAUUGCUACGAUAUAUGAGCAGAUGGAGUUGAAACUCCCGCGUAGUGCAGAGUAUAAAAUAGGUCAAGAACAGGACGAAAUGAUUGCUGUUGGUGAUCAAGCUUGGAAUGAUUUGUAUUCCCGACUAAAGAAAUAAAUGUUUGGAUUG